CCCAGCGCCGCCGCUAAAUCCAGCCCCAUCCACUCCUCUCUGCCAGCGGAUCACCCUCCUUCCAUCCCCAUGAAGGACCAAGACGCGAUUAAACUCUUUAUUGGACAGAUCCCGAGAAACCUGGAAGAGAAAGACCUCAAACCUUUAUUUGAAGAAUUUGGGAAAAUCUACGAACUCACGGUGCUGAAGGACAGAUACACCGGCAUGCACAAAGGAUGUGCCUUCCUCACGUACUGUGCCAGGGAAUCUGCGUUGAAAGCACAGACUGCGCUACAUGAACAGAAGACACUGCCCGGGAUGAAUCGGCCCAUUCAAGUGAAACCAGCGGACAGUGAGGGUCGAGGAGAGGACCGGAAGCUCUUUGUGGGAAUGCUGGGGAAGCAACAGACAGACGAAGACGUCCGGAAAAUGUUUGAGGCUUUCGGUACGAUUGAGGAGUGUACAAUCCUGCGAGGACCUGAUGGCACCAGUAAAGGUUGUGCCUUUGUGAAAUUUCAGACGCAUUCAGAAGCACAGGCAGCGAUAGGGGCACUGCAUGGGAGCCGAAUGCUGCAGGCGCCUGGAUCUCACUCCAUCAGCCUAGAGGUCGGGGCAGUCCAGACUGUGGACUAUGUGAGCAAUGGAGCCAGCACUGUUCGCUGCACAGCUGACAGGAGUAGCUAUGGGGGAGCUUCCUCGAGUCUGGUGGUGAAGUUUGCCGACACAGACAAAGAGAGGACUCUCCGUCGGAUGCAGCAGGUGGCUGGGCAACUUGGGAUGUUCAGUCCGAUGGCCAUACAGUUUGGUGCCUACAGUGCAUACACACAGGCGUUGAUGCAGCAACAAGCUGCUCUUAUGGCUGCAGCACAGACCACCUACCUGAAUCCCAUGGCCCCCGCUGUACAGAUGCAGCAGGUCGCAGCCAUCAACCCAAACGGCCUGAUUGCAACUCCACUCACGUCAACGUCAGGGACCAGCACCCCUCCGGGUAUCCCGAGUGCCCAGGUACCCUCCAUUGCCCCGCCCCUCACCGUCAAUGGCUAUAGCCAAAUUGCUGCACAAACAAAUGGACAGGCCACCUCUGAAGCCAUCUACACCAAUGGUGUUCAUUCCUAUGCAGCACAAAGCCAGGCUGCUGCAGCAACAGCCAUGGACCCCCUACAGCAGGCUUACACAGGAAUGCACCACUACACAGCAACCUAUCCAGCCACUUAUGGGAUUGUCAGCCAUGCGUUUCCACAGCAGCCAGCUCUUGUGCCUCAGCAACAACAGCGAGAGGGCCCUGAAGGGUGCAACAUCUUCAUCUACCACCUGCCUCAGGAAUUCACAGACUUUGAGCUGCUGCAGAUGUUUCUACCAUUUGGGAACGUUAUCUCCGCAAAAGUGUUUGUAGAUCGAGCAACGAAUCAGAGUAAAUGUUUUGGUUUCGUGAGCUUCGACCAUCCAGCCAGUGCCCAGGCCUCCAUCCAGGCCAUGAACGGUUUCCAGAUUGGCAUGAAGAGGUUAAAGGUCCAACUAAAGAGGCCAAAAGAUGCCAACAGACCGUACUAGGCGAGCAGGACUGAGAGCUCAUUGCUGGACGGAGCUGUGGACUGGUAUUUCCCUCCCUCCCUACCACCGCCCACCCCACCCCAUCAGCCCGCCCGCCUCUCAGUGGAGCAGCUCUACCAUCCCCCCGCUGGACGGUCUGUCAGAUUUCCUUUCCUUUUCCGGAGGGGUUCCUCUUUGGCCCAUGGAUUUCACGUCACCGUGGGCAGCUGCUGCUCCUCGCUGGAUCGCUGUUUUUGGAUGUAACGCUGACAUUUUAUACUUGAGGACUCGCUCAGGUAGUGUAGGAGAGACCGGGAGGCAGAGGAAUGCCGAGAUUCAAGGUGGCCGAUCAGCUUUGGCUUCUGAAAAGUUUUCCUUCUUCCCUCCCACCUCUCCCAAUCUGCCCGGGAUCUCAGUCUUUUCUCCAAGUGGCACCACCCCCCCCACCCCAUCCCCACCCAUAAGCCUCGGCUGAGAGAUAUUCGGCUGUGGGGGGCAACACCCAAUCCUGUCUGAUACCUUCACUCAUGCAUUCCCCAAAUCGGAGGGCGGGGGUCGGUCACAGUGUGACCUUGGCUGAUUUCAAACCCCCACCAAUUGAUCGGGGACCAGGGCAGUUAAAGGCACGAGGUCAGCUCUACCCAUUCCCUGUACUCGCUACAAUUAGACGCAAUGAAGGCUAGAAGGAAAUGGAACCAUAAAAGCCUUCGCUCCUUAAGCUUAAUGUGCUAUCUUACUCUCAGGGCAACUGACGAUGGGCAAUAAAUUGGCCCACCUACCGAGGAGCCUCCUUUAUAAAGUCAUUUGAGCUGCCCGAGUGCCAACCUCUGCCGGGUGCAGACACUGCUGGAUUAUGCAGCUCACCAUGAUGGAGGGUCUCUUCCCCUCCUCAUCAACAGUAGUGAGAAAGGUGCCAUUGCAUCUGCUCCAUAGGGAAUUCUGGAUCAUCUGACCACCAGUAAGGCCUUGAACAUGAGUGAGUAGAAACCUUCACUAAAUAAACGCCACCCCCACUCCCACCCCCCCAC